GGCAGGGCCACCUUUUCUAGCAUUGCCAGUCCUUCCCUGACCCGACAAGAGCGCUGAUCGCCGACGGCCACCCCCGUGUGCUCCUGGCCUCGUUUGGCUGGACGGCUCGACGGGGCCCCUGCUGCAAGAGGGCCUGGGCUGCGCUCUGCUACAGCUGCCAGUGGCGGAGAGUUCCACCGGCGCGUUUAGCCGCCCACUCCUUGCGGGUUGCGGGUUCGCGCCGGAGGGACAACCGAGGAGGCCGGGCCGGGGAGGAGGCGCUCGAGGGGUCAUUCCCGUGCGCCUGGGCUGGGAAGUGGCUGAGACGGGCCGCCCCCGACCCGGCCCGAGCUAUAAGAGGCGCGAGGACGCGCUGCGGUCGGACAAGCCAGGAUGAGGCUGAGGCUGGUGGCGCUCCUGGUGGGCGUUGUGGCCGCCCUCCUCCUCCUCCUGCCGCCGCCGCCGCCGCCGCCGCUCUUGCUGCUGCUGCUGCUGCUGCCGCCGCCCCUGCUGCUGGUGGCCGCGGCCGGCGGCGGCUUGGCUUGGCUGGCGCUGCGGCCCAAGCGGCUGAUUCGCUCGCUUGACCAGGUGGGCUACCUGACGGAGCCCGGCUGGAGCCGCGCGCAGAGCGCCGGCCGGACGCGCAAGAACCGGAGCGCCGGCCAGCUGCUGCCCUCUUACCCCAAUGGCUGGUUCCGGCUCCUGGGCUCAGCCGAGCUGGCCCGCGGGGAAGUGCGCAACGUGGCCGCGCUGGGGGAACAGUUUGCUGUGUUUCGAGGUUUGGAUGGGAACGUGUAUGUUCUGGACGCUUACUGCCCACACCUCGGGGCCAACCUCGCAAUCGGUGGCCGUGUGGUGGGCAACUGCAUCGAGUGCCCCUUCCAUGGCUGGAUGUUCUCUGGGAAGGAUGGGAGCUGCACCAAGAUCCCAUAUGCCAAAAAAGUGCCUGAAUUUGCAACAACCAAAGUUUGGCCAUCGUGUGAAGUGAACAACAUGAUCCUGGUGUGGUAUCAUUGUGAUAGCACAAGCCCAGCAUGGCAAGUCAGCGAGCAGGAAGAGGCAUCAUCGCCCAACUGGGCCUUCCGGGCUGGAACCGAGCACUUUGUCAGCGUGCACAUCGAGGAAAUUCCAGAGAAUGCCGCCGAUGCAGCCCACCUUUCCUUUCUCCAUAGUCCCUCGGUCAUGAGUGGAAAUGACCUGCGCUUCACAAACAACCACCGCUGGGCAUUUUUCAGGCACACCUGGGAGGCAGAGUGGCAGCCCGAGCCAGAGCCCAAUGGACACUGUUCGGUCAUGAUUCUGACCCACCACGUGCUGCUCUUUGGCAAGCCCAUCACCUCCCUAGAUCUGCAUGUUUCAGCCAGGCAGGUUGGUCCUGGGUUGGUCAUCAUGGCCCUCAGUCACGCUUUCCUGGGCAAGGGGAUGAUCAUUCAGACUGUCACACCUCUAGAGCCGCUUCUUCAGCAUGUGGUCCACCAGAUCUACUACCCGCGCAACAUACCAUCCUUCCUUGCCAAGCUGGUGCUAUGGGCUGAGGGGGUCCAGUUUGAGCGGGACAUGAUGAUCUGGAAUAACAAGAGGUUCCUCUCCAAGCCGCUGUUGGUGAAGGAAGAUGCCGCCAUCCUGAGGCACCGGCGCUGGUUCUCCCAGUUCUACAGCCAGAACAGCUGGAAACCCAAAGCCCAGAAGGGCCAGCUGGAUUGGUGAUGACCCCGCUAGCCUUAGGGACCCCCAAUACUACUUCUUCCACUUGCAGGGUCCAUGAACUCUGCCGUGUGGGAGUGAAGGGUGACUCCUACUUUGGGGAGCCAAGGAGGUUCCUGGGCCAGAGGAGAGAUGGGUGCGAAUUUGGCUCAGAUAAUACUCUGGAAUCAGAGGCGACGGCCUGCUGAACCAUUUCGACUGGUGCCCCCCCCCCCCCAAGGACUCCAGCAGCUGUUUUUGAUGAUUCUCAAGAGGGCAAUCGGCUCCUUUUUGCCUCUUGUCAACAUUGCAAAUAUAAAUUGUACCUUAGGCCUUGCUUUUUAGCCGCAAGCGCCUAUGCUAGCUUAAGGAUAUUUUGCUCCACAACUGGAGUGGGGACUGCAAAUGCAAGGCCAGCAGGAAGAACUGUCUGAAAAGAGAUUUGGUGAUGGGAGGCAGCAUCCGGAAGUCAGCAAGGCAGGAUUUUCUAAACUUUCGUCCUUUUUAUGUGAAUGGAAGAGGAACAAACUGGAAGAACUUUUCUUUCUCUGCCCAUUUUUUAUCAUAACAAAAUAGACAAAAAUAAAAUGCCCAGAAAUAAAA